GUAGGUUCGUAGAUUUUCCAAAUGGCGCAUGCACGGCUCAGCUGUAUGCAAUCGAACCAAUCGAGUCUCCUUCACGCUGAGGAAUAAUGUAUUUCCUUGUGUUUUUAUCAAAUUAACGGAGUGCUGGACACUGUUCUUGGUGAUAUUAGGAAUGGGAAAUGAAGAUUAGUGGAAUAUGUAUAUGAAACGGUGUGCGCUGGAAAACACUCUGUUUUUGUGAGAGUGUAGCAGUUCCUAGCCUGAGACAUGGAAGUUGUGCGGGAUGAGGAUAGGCGUAGACGCCUCAGAGCAUUAGAAGAUCAUAUUAAAGAUCCUCGCAGUGUAACAAAUAUUGAUUGUUUACUGGACACAGUCCAGGCACUGGCUGCAGACUGUGAAUAUCCUAGUGUAAAGCGUAUGAAGAAUAUUGAAGCAUAUAUGAACAGAUAUGAAACAGUGGCACAAACUGUUUGUAAAUUGCGUAUGCGAACAGAUGACUUUACAUUAAUUAAAGUUAUAGGUCGAGGAGCAUUCGGUGAGGUACAGUUAGUCAGGCACAAGUCAACACAAAAAGUGUAUGCCAUGAAAUUGCUUAGUAAAUUUGAAAUGAUAAAACGCUCGGAUUCUGCAUUUUUUUGGGAAGAACGUGAUAUAAUGGCUCAUGCUAAUUCUCAAUGGAUAGUGCAACUUCAUUUUGCCUUUCAAGAUAACAAAUACCUCUAUAUGGUAAUGGAUUAUAUGCCAGGUGGCGAUCUGGUAAAUUUAAUGUCGAAUUACGAUGUGCCUGAGAAGUGGGCAAAGUUUUACUGUGCCGAAAUUGUGCUUGCACUCGAUGCGAUACACCUUAUGGGCUUCGUUCACAGAGACGUUAAACCAGAUAAUAUGUUGCUAGAUAAGCACGGCCACUUGAAACUGGCUGAUUUUGGUACCUGCAUGAGAAUGGAUUCCGAUGGUCUAGUUCGGUCGGAUACCGCGGUUGGUACACCGGAUUACAUAUCACCUGAAGUUCUCCAGUCUCAAGGAGGCGAAGGUGUCUACGGGCGUGAAUGCGACUGGUGGUCCGUCGGUGUGGUCCUCUACGAGAUGCUCGUCGGCGAUACACCCUUUUAUGCAGACUCCUUGGUCGGUACCUAUUCCAAGAUUAUGGAUCAUCGGAAUUCCUUGCAUUUUCCUCAGGAAGUCGAUAUCUCCCACUCGGCCAAGAGUCUGAUAUAUGGCUUUUUGACUGACCGAACGAAACGACUGGGAAGAAAUGGUGUUGAUGAAAUAAAACGUCAUCCCUUCUUCGAGAACGAUCAGUGGACUUUUGAUAAUUUGAGAGAGUGUGUGCCACCAGUAGUACCCGAACUGACCGGUGACGAUGAUACUAGCAACUUUGAUGAUGUCGACAAGGAGGACGGUCCUGAGGAAAGUUUCCCAGUGCCAAAAGCAUUUUCAGGCAACCAUCUUCCUUUCAUUGGAUUCACUUACUCCGGAGACUAUCAACUCCUAGCAUCUGGAUUUAGUCGAGAAGCGGUAGACGGUUUGGAGAAUCAUUUGAAGAACGGAACCAGUGAUGACCCAAAGAUCGCUCAACUGGAGAGUUUACUGGAACGCGAGAGAAGGCAGGUGGAGACGAUGGAAUCGAAACAUCGCGCCUUGAACGCACAGCUGGAGAUUAUGGCCCGUAGGGAGAGCGAGUUCCGGGAAGAGGCUGGACGAGCUGAUAAGGAACUGACCAUCCUGAGGCAUAACUACAAGGAAGCGCAACGUCGUAUAGAAUCCGAAACCGAGGGUCGCAGAAAGGUUGAGAAUUCGCUUGUUGAAUUAAAAAAGAACUUAGAGGAGGAACAAAGUAGACGAGCGCGGGACGCGAAUAAUUCACAUCAAACCUCUGAGCGAAUAGUCACCCUGGAGAAACAGAUAAAGGAGAUGCAGAGUAAACUUGAGAGAGAGGCUGAAAUGGCGACAAGGUUUCGCAAACAAGCAACGGAAAUUACUGUAGCGCGUCAAGCUGCAGAGCAAUUGGCAAGCGAGCUUCAGGUUGCCAGAGCUCAGUUGCAGGCGCAGAGGGAUUCUCUACAGCAGGAUGUCGCUACUCUCCAAGGACAAUUGUCCAAAGAGAGAAGCUCCAGGUCGCAAGCGUCUUCCCUAACGGCUGAACUUGAGACGAGACUCUCUGCAUUGCACGACGAAUUGGAACGCAGUCGUGAACGCGAGGAAAAGGCGACGAUCGACAAUCGACAAUUGAAUGAACGAGUUUCUGCCCUGGAGAAGGAAGCUGCUAGCUUGACUCUUGAACUGAAAGCUGCGCAAGCCAGGUACAACCAGGAAGUCGUCGCUCAUCAAGAAACCGAAAGAUCUAGAUUACUGUCUAAGGAAGAGGCUAAUCUGGAGGUUGUUAAAGGACGACCUGGGAAAAUAUUCCAAGCAAAACUCAACGAGGAGAAAAGUAGUAGACAGCGUGCUGAACUCCUCGCCCAGGAAAAGGAACGUCAGACUUCAAUGCUCUCGGUGGACUAUCGGCAGAUCCAGCAACGCCUUCAAAAACUUGAAGGUGAACAUCGUCAGGAAGUCGAGAAGGUUAAGGUUCUGCAGGGGCAGGUAGAGCAGGAACAGCAAAAACGGAAUGUCCUCCAGAGUGAAUUGGCACAGCAGUCUUCCGAAGCUGGAAGAUUGCGAGCUCGGGAGCAGCAGCUGGUUGGCGAAGUUGCUCAGUUGCGAGAAGCCAAAAGACAAAUCGAGGAGGAACUGCAUCAUUUGAAGACUCAGAGGAGCGUCGAUUCCUUACAAACCAAGGAGCUUCAGGAGCAGUUGGAGGCUGAAGCUUACUUUUCGACUCUGUACAAAACUCAAUCUUUAGAACUUCGUGAGGAAUUGGAUGAGAAGACACGACUUCAUCAGGAAUUGGAGGAAGAGCGCAGCUCUUUGGUUCAUCAACUGCAGCUCUCGUUAGCUCGGGGUGACAGUGAAGCUUUGGCGAGGUCGAUAGCCGAGGAGACGGUAGCGGAUUUGGAGAAGGAGAGAACGAUGAAGGAACUCGAGUACAAAGACAGCGUAGCCAAACAUCAUCAGGAGCUUAAUAGCAAGGAACAGAUAAUAAAUAGAUUAAAGGAUAGCGAGGGAGAGCUGAAGAAGUCCCUGGAACAGUACCUGAAGGACAAGGAAGACCUGAAUAAGAGAGUCAAGGAGUUACAGGAACAGCUUGGCAAAGCCCAGUCGUAUGGCGAAGAGAUUGAAAAGCUCAGUAGUAAAUUAAAGACGGAACAACUUUUGAAACAACAGGCAGUCAAUAAGCUUGAGGAAAUUAUGAAUUCAAAGGACUUUACAUCCGUGGGGAAAACGAAGAAGAAGGUAUCCGCUGCGGAUCUCAGGAAGAAGGAAAAGGAUUGCCGUCGACUGCAACAAGAACUUACUCAGGAGAGAGAAAAGUACGGACAAUUGGCAGCUAAGUGGCAGAAGGAUCUACAAGAUCUGCAAGCACAACUCGUCGAGGAGAAUUCAUCGAAAUUGAAGCUACAGAUGGAGUUGGAUUCAAAAGAUUCAGAGAUUGAGACCUUGCAGAUGAAAAUUGCGUCAAUCAAUUCUGAAACAGCCAGCGUGUCUUCGGUAGAGAACGACGGCGAAGACUCGGGCCUCUCCGAGCACGGUGCCAUGAGACUGGAAGGUUGGCUGAACGUGCCGAACAAGCAGAAUAUCAAGAGGCACGGUUGGAAGAAGCAGUACGUCGUGGUUUCCUCCAAGAAGAUCAUCUUUUACAAUAGUGAAAGCGACAAGAUGAACGCCGAUCCAGUUUUGAUAUUGGACUUGAGCAAAGUCUUCCACGUACGUUCCGUCACUCAGGGAGACGUGAUUCGAGCCGACGCCAAAGAUAUUCCUAGGAUAUUUCAGUUACUCUAUGCCGGAGAGGGCGAGGCGAGGCGCCCUGGCGAUGAAGGAAACGCACUUCCGGGUUCGGAGUUAUCGCAGCUUACCGACAAACCUGGUACCCAGCCUCUCAAGGGUCACGAGUUUGUGUCUAUAACCUUUCACAUUCCUACCUCGUGUGAAGUCUGCGCGAAACAACUCUGGCACAUGUUCCGGUCGACUCCAGCCCUCGAGUGUCGAAGAUGUCACAUUAAGGUGCACAAGGAACAUCUCGAAAAGAAGGAGGAUGCGAUAGCGCCCUGCAAACUCCAUUAUGAUCCCAAUAGCGCCCGAGAACUUUUGGUGCUUGCCGGGAGUCCCGACGAUCAGAAAUAUUGGGUAUCGCGAUUGUCUAGGCGCAUCCAGAAGUGCGGAUACAAGGCAAAUUCACACGUGGAUGGCACGGGGCAGCGCGUCUCGCCAAGGGAAUCCACGAGGUCGUCGCUAAAGCCCUACUUGUCGGUUCAGCAACGUUCCGCGACCCUGCCCGCAAACGCGAGCAUGGGAAAGUGACCUUAGGUGACGUUUCUAACGACUUCCAAUAACCCUUCUCUUAAUUCACUUGCCUGCCAAUACCCUGCCAACGUCCUGUCCAUCCGUUAUUAGUACGCAUCUUCGUCUACCCGGAGAUGAUUCUUUUAAAAAUUUAUAAACUCCAAUCAGAUUCAAAUACGCUUCUAAUUUAUCACCGUUCAACGAUACUCUUGUCACGUGUAAAUAAGCCAUGCGUGUUAUAUAUCUAUACCUCGAGUGUUCAUCUGACAAUGAGAUGAUCCUGCAUCGGAGAAAGAAGAUGGCCGGAGAGUCGUCGAUGGCUUUGAUAUUAAAUGUUGAGAUUUACGGGUAAAGGUUCACGACUGCAAGAGUAUACUCCUCUCGUAAAUAUAUAAUAAAAUGCUGCUAGAAUUUUUUAAAAGGAAAACGAGAAUGGGAGUCUACGGGAACACGUGUGGUGCACGCGGUUUAGGCGCUGUCGAAUAACUCCGACUCCAGGAGGAAGUAUCGAUAUUAUUGUUAGCUAUGGAAUUGCUUGUUUCUGACUAUUGUUGCCAAAGUAAUAUAGUGAGAAAGAGAGAAAGAAAGAGGAAAGGGAUACUAAAUGAAAACUGAUUUACUACUAGCUAAUGUGCGAAUGACUAAUUUAACGAUACUUACUUUUUUUUGCCAUGAUUGCUAACCGACGAGCUGGGCACCGAUUCAAAAUGGCCGGAACGAGUACAGAAGUCCUCUCAGAGUUCCCAUGCGAUACGAAUAAUAACUCAUGCCUGCGUCAUAUAAUUUUAUAGUGGAGCUUGCGCCGAUAUUUCAAUUUGAUAUUUUCUUUUGUAUAUAAAGAGUGUGUCAGCGAGAGACUAUUACUCUGCUCGUUCUACUCGAGGGAGGAUAUUUUAUAUUCAGCAAAUAAUUAACCUCUUCGUUUAAUUCUUUGCUGACGACUCGAGAGCCCCAUUGUCCUUCCGAUUGGGUCCCGCCAUUACUAUACAUAAUUACGUUGGAAGGAAUAAAUAAUGGAGGAAGGCUCGACGCGAUAAAUGUUAGCGACUUCGGCAAGAUACUUCUUGUGUAUUUUGGUCGUGAUGAUUCUUAUGCGUAAUGUCGAAACCCAUAGUAUUAUUAUUUUUAUAUAUUUCGAGGAUUAAGUAUUUAAGGCGUCGCUACAAUUAUUAAAGAUUUAACUGAGAGGGGUCGUUUGCCCAGCUGGCCACGGAAGCUGCCAAAGUUAAUGCAAACCGAAGUAUAAUAACAAUGCGAUUAAAUAAAUCGAGAUAAUAAUGUUAAAACCAGGAUUAAAAUGAAAUGCAGAAAGUUAUAAGGGGAGAUAAAGACAAACAGGUAGGACAAUCUCGACAGUCACUGAUGGAUUAAACUAAUUGAACGGACCGGAUGCAUACAUGAUAUACACAAGUGCUAUGGAACAACGCUGCGAGUGAGCUUCAUUUGUAUAGUAGAUGUUAUUUCAAUUCGUAGAUUUAAGGACGUAUUAUAUAAUAUAAUAACAUUAUUGUAAUAUUCAGAUAAAUCGUGCAUAACUGGACAAUUAGGAUUGGACGUGUCUCGUGCAAGAACGAAUCGCUUAACUGAUCAACCGGAAGUCACGGAGUCUCCUUUUUCUCAACGUUUUUACAAUUACAACCAGCGCCUCUUUAGGGCUGUGGCGAUUCUGAUGAUUUUACCUUCGUUCUUGCACAGGCUCAUCAGAAUGGUGCUCCUUGAUCCCACAAACUGGCCUGGAGAAACUUCAAUGGAAUAUUGAUAAAGGAUCAUUAGAACAGGAAGUUCUUCUGGCCAGGACUGAUGGGAAUUUCAUCCCCGAGAUAGUGAAAAGAAAAAUAGAGGAAAUGCAAGAGAGAGAAAAUAACUCAACUACUGCCCCGUGCCUUCCCCUUUUCAAUCUCCUGUAAAUUCCAAGGAGAUGGAAAUCAUAACACAUUGAACGGAGAAAAAGAGGAAACUUGUUACAGCAUAUUUUAUUAUUCUUUAGUUAUUUACAAUCUGUAUAUUAUUAAUUAAUAUUACGAUUAAAACUAUUUUGUAGAUAA